AUGCGGUCCUCAAAGCAGUACCAUGCUCGUGGCCAUCGAGCCAAGAGCAAACAGCAGGACAACAGCAAGGAAUUUGACAAGUACUACAGCGGCGUAUAUGGCUCCAGAUGGCCAACCCUCCGGGAGGCCCUCCUGAAGCCCACAGUCCACGCGGCGGUGUACAACUCCUUCAUCCACGCUGCCGCCAACUCAGCCUGCACUGAUGCCGGCCUCCUCCCGAUCCUGGGCCUGGGGCACCUGCACGCCUACCGUCGGGCCAAAUCAACCGGGCCAUACCCGCCUUCUCCCCUGGACUCCGCCUCAGCGCUGCGUGUGUGGUAUUGGCUGGACCUGGCUUCCGUCCUCCCCGUACUGCUGCUACAACCGCAGCGGGGGCACCACGCCCUGGACAUGUGCGCGGCGCCAGGAGGCAAGUCAGUGAUGCUGGCGCAGCGACUCUUUGCUCCGCCGCCACCAUCGCGGUGUGAGGCGACGGGACCUGCGGUACAGGCAGCAGCGGCGGGGGCGGCGAUGGCGGCGGCAGCAGGAAGAUCGCCGGUUGCUGACGCAGCGGCGACAGCGCAAGGCCCAUCGAGACCCGGGACCGAGGCGGAAUGUGGGGCGGCAGUAGCGACGGCGAGCACGGAAGCAGGGGCGGAAAGUGGGGAGGCAGCGGAGACCCCCUCCACAUCAGGGAGGCAACAAGCAGGUGGCAAUACGGGGGUGCAAGAGCUGCAAAGCAGAGAGCUGGAGCAUGCAGAGCCGAGUGCCGAUACAGCAAGGGCCCAGCCGCCAUCGUCACCGCCACCGUCACAAUCGCCACAGCCUCUGCCGCUGCCGCUGCCUCCCGGCAAGCUGGUGUGCAAUGAGCCCGACCGACCUAGGCUUCAGCGGCUACGUCAAGUUCUGGAGGAGUACCUGCCACUGAGCGUCCGGGGGAAUGUGGAGGUACUGGGCUACCAGGGCCACACCUACUGGGGCCGCAACCAGGCCGCCUCCUACGACCGGGUGCUGGUGGAUGCGCCCUGCUCCUCAGACCGCCACGUGAUACAGCAGGCGACCACACAGCAACGGGGAGCUGUGGCCGCGGCGGACUGGUCGCUGGCGGGCUGCAGGCGCAUAGCGGACGAGCAGCUGCAGAAUGACGAGGUGGUGGAGCGGCUGUUGCGUCGUUGCGACCCGGGGGCUGUGCGGGUGGUACCAGCAAUGGAGGUGCUGCGAAAUGAGGUGGCGGAAGUGGAGGCGAAGGCAGGACAGGGAACUGGGGGCGAGGAUGUGGCAGGGGUGUUGGGAAUGGAGGCGACGAAGCAUGGGGCGAUCUGCCUGCCGGAUCGCAGUGGUUGGGGGCCGAUAUACGUGGCGGUGGUGGAGAAGGUGGGGGAGGUGGCCGGUAUGGGCGCAGCGGCUUUGUUGCGGCCUCGUCCGACGGGAGGGGUCGAUAAGGAUGAGGAAGAGGAGGACGCAGACGAUGAUCAUCAUGAUGAUGUUGAAAAUGAUGGGGAGGAGGAGGGCGUGUAGACCGACGGUCCCACGCGGCGCUUCCCAUGCAAAGAUACUUCUCGUCAUGUGGAGCCGUCUAGAUCAAAGGUUUCGAAAAGUAAGCCAA